AUGCGAAAGGCGCAGUCUGCAGUGUCGAGCGCCGCCGAUGAUGUAGUGGUGCAGCUCCGCGAGCUCUGGAGAAGAUACGAGCAUCACUGCAUGCAGACUGACAGCUGUCCCAGUGCAGUGCUCAAACAGGACAUUCUUCACCACAUCGACAAAAAGGAGCUUCUCAGAAAGAUAACGCUGUCAUUGCCAGAUUGCGGGCCUGCAGACGUUGUUCUCCCCAGCCUUCAGCCUCUGUUAAUGGCUAUACGAGACGAGCGUUACACACAUGCACAAGAAUUCCACAUCUGGAGUCAGUCUCUCAAGCAAAAAGAUAUAGUUGAGCUGUGUGUUUUUAAAGGUUUAAUAAUCACCUCUCUUCUCUGUCUGCCUGUCUGUUUUUCUCUCAGCAUGGGACAGGAAGGGUUGAAAGGUUUGCUGACUGGAGGUUUGGGGGCCAGUCAAAUAUCUUCCCUGAGUUUGUGUUAUUGUGGUUUGGGUUCAUGGAGCGGAGCUCUGCUAGCUUCACUCCUCACCAACAGUUCUGUGAGGGAGGUCUACAUCAAUGGCAAUGAGCUGCAGUGUGGGGGUGCCUUUGAGCUGCUGAAACCUGUGGCUGAAAACAGCCAAAAACUGGCAGCGAUCCAAAACAGGACCACAUCCAUCACAGAUGCAACAGAGUUGAUCUCCCAAAGGAGCAAUACAACAUCUUCCAGACAAAAGAAAGCAAAGAGCAAAGGGAAGAAGACAAAGAAGAAAAGAGAAAAAACCAAGAGCGGCCAUGGCGCUGCAGGGGGGCCGUGGCUAGAGAAGCUGCACAUGUUUGAUAAUUCCAUUGAUAACUCAGGACAGGAGGGACCAAAUGAACUAACUCGAUUCAUGGAGCUCCUUUGCAUUAUAGUUAAGUUCUCCUGUUACCUGACCGAACUGGAUCUUGGUGAGAAUCACAUCGGAGAGGAUGGUGGGAAAGUGCUUUUAGAGGCCCUGAGAGAGAGACAAGCAGCUAAACUAUCUCCAAUAAAAAUUCAAGUGUCAACACGCAUGUCCUCAGAAACAUUCAGUGCCAUUCUGAAAAGUGCAAAGGAGCUUAAAUCUGGGAAAAAGAGAAGAAAGACAAAGGGGAAAACAAAGUAGAUCGUCCAUCUGGAGGAUAUUGAAAGGAUAUUACUGGUUUGCACAAGAAUGUUUUUCCAGUCUAUUCCGCCAUAUUUUCAGUUUGUCCCCAGUUUUUUUUUUUUUUUUUUAGAAAUCAUCAUCUUUUUAUGUGGACUGAAUUGUGUUUGACAACAGCCGUGCACCAAAUGUGACCGCACAGCAGACUCCCAGAUUAUGAACCACUUAUUUGUCAGCGGUGCACUAGCAGGGGUUCUGGAUCGAAUCUUAUUUUAUGUCACUCCAUUGGGAGCUUGAAAUGGCACGAGGAUGUUUGUUCUUCUUUGUCCCUUAAAG